GUCGGGUGUCCGCCUCUCUGGCCGUCGGGGCUGUUCUUCCUCCGCGUCUGUGAGUGGCAGAGGCCCCAAAGCGCCUGCUCAUGGAGCCCCGCGGCCCAUUUCGGGCCGCAUUGGUCGGGCCGCUGCUGCUGCUACUGCUGCCGCUGCUUCUGCCUCAAUCCGGGCCGGCCGUGUCCGCCCAGAGCGCGGCCGCUGCUUGCUCCGAGAGCACCAACCGCUCGUGCAACGACUGCCUGAAGAACGUGUCGUGCUUCUGGUGCUACACAAACAACGCCUGCCUGGACUAUCCCGUCCGGAAGAUCCUGCCGCCCAGCUCCCUUUGUCCGCUCAAGUCUGCCCGAUGGGGCGUGUGCUGGGUAAACUUCGAAGCCCUGAUCAUCGCCAUGUCGGUAGUGGGAGGAAUCCUCCUCCUGGCCAUCACCGUCUGCUGCUGCUGUUGCUGUAGGAAACGGAAGAACCAAAGGUCAGACAAGGAGGAAGAGCGGGCUGCUAGAGAGAGAGAGGAGAGGAAGGUCCGGCAGGAGGAGAGGAGAGCAGAGAUGAAGUCUAGACACGAAGAAAUCAGGAAAAAAUACGGGCUGUUUAAGGAACAGAACCCUUACGCCCGAUUUGAGAACAAUUAGUCCCUCUGUGGAGCCCUCCCCGAGGGGGCCUCGGCUGCUCCCAGAAACCCUCCCCACCCCCAGCAUCCACUCCUCCAAAGCCGCUUUCAGUAAAGAGCCUUAUGUUCAAAUGAGACACUGUCAGCCCUGACGAGUCAUUCCGCAGAGACGAGCCUCCUCCUCACCCGUGGAGACCGGAAGACGACGACGACCCCGCUGCUCCCUCCGGCUCAGCCCCGAGGGGCUCUCCCUGGUCCUCUCCAAAGAGCAGCAGCCCGGGGUCCGAGGUCGAUCCCUGCCGGCUGCUCUCGGCACCCCUUUCCUGCCCCUUCCACGUCGUCUUGGCUGGGUUUGUUUAAAACACGGGUCUUGUUUUGGUUGAAAUUUGUCCCCCUCAGUUGAAUUCUUUAAGGUUGGGCACAUCCGGCUUUCAGAUGGCCCUGGAUUCGGGCGCCGUUCUCUGGCCGGCUCCAGGGAGUCGUCUCCGAGCCACUCCUGGGUUCGAGUUCACCCCCAAAAGAAGCUGCCAUCUGCAGGCCGGGUUCCCUUCCUGAGCAGGAGAGACAUUUCGUGUGUCUGCUCCUGCCGGGAGCCCCCUCUUACAGGCCUGCUGAGCAAGGGCAGGGCUUCUGGCCAGGCCUAAAAAGUGCCUUUUCCCAAACCCUCUCCAGAGGUGGUGUGGGGGCGCCCCCAGGCCGCACUCUCCUUCGGGGACCCUCGGCCGCCCGUGUCUGCGCGGGGCCUGCAGGGUCAGCUCCGUGAGGCCCGUCCGGGGGGGGGGGGGCACCCCUUCCCCAAGUUGGCCUGCCUGCAGCGGAAUCCAAAGCUGCUUCUGGCACGCGGGACGAGCCUCUUUCCGACUAGUGGCCUUACUGUGAAUUAACCUCUCCACACUGAAGCUCGCCACUAAGAAACUGUCUUUGCCUCGAGUGUUCCGGCCGCCCGCCGGAGGACGCUAUCACUGUGAUUCCUGGCGUGCAUUUAACCCCAUCUCUGCCUUCCGCUGCUGCGUCUCUCCUGUUUCUAGACCGAGAGCAGCCCGCGGCGCCGGGCGCGCAUUAUCCGUCUAUAGAUACUCUCACGCCCGGGAACGCCUUACGUUUAGGGAAUUUCAAAUAAAAGAUUUGUUGUACUUGG